AUUAACUACAGCUGCACUUUCAACGAAGAAUUCAAGUACAUCUUGUUGCCUGUGUCCUAUGGCACUUUCUUCGUGUUGGGGCUGGUUCUCAACGCUGUGGCUCUGUGGAUGUUUGUGUGUAAGAUGCGGCCGUGGAAUGCCACGACUAUCUACAUGUUUAAUCUGGCCAUGUCUGACCUGCUGUAUGUGCUGUCUUUGCCACUGCUCACCUAUUACUACGCCAACCGCAAUCACUGGCCAUUUGGCGUGGUGCUUUGCAAGCUUACCCGCUUCCUCUUCUACUCCAACCUGUACUGCAGUAUCCUCUUCCUGACGUGUAUCAGUGUGCAUCGCUACCUCGGUAUCUGCUAUCCCAUGCGCUCACUGCGGUGGCUGAAGGUCAGAAACGCUCGGCUCAUCUGCCUGUUGGUCUGGGUCGCUGUCAUCAGCUGCCUUGUUCCCAAAUUGAUCUUUGUCACCACCAGCCGCCGCGGUGAGGACAUUCUGUGCCACGACACAACCCGUCCUGAACUCUUCCCUAAGUAUGUUGCUUACAGCUCGUCCAUCAUGGCUCUCCUCUUCAUCAUCCCCUUUCUCGUCAUCCUCUUCUGUUACACCUUCAUGGCCUGGGAACUGAGCAAAGUCCACAUGCCCACCUCCGAGACCAAGCGCAAGUCUAUCAAGAUGAUCAUCAUUGUGCUGGUGGUCUUUGCAGUGUGCUUUGUCCCUUUCCACAUCACCAGGACCAUGUACUACAGCUUCCGCUUGCAGGACAAGGGUUGCCGAGCGCUCAACAUUGUGAACUUUACCUACAAGAUCACACGACCACUCGCUACUGCCAACAGCUGCAUUGACCCCAUCCUGUAUUUCCUGGCUGGAGACAACUACAGGGGUAGGCUGGUGUACGCCUUGACCAGGAGAGCCUGCAUCCGGAGACCAGAGGCUCGCGGCUGCAAGGGGAGUGGGCUCUCAGUGAUUAUCACCAGUGAGGGCACCUUGCCCUCCAAUCCCUAGCCCGAGAGUUGAGACAAGAGCACAGAGCAAGAAGGAAAAUCAACAUCAGUUGCAGCCUUUGUAUUUUGCUAAGAUGCUAACGGAAUCUCACAAAUGUUAAUUUGGUCACAGACUUUAGGACAAACCCAGUUAAACCCAGCUCUCACCUCCUGACAUGCACAAAUGUUGAAGAAGAGCUUGGUGUUUCUCUGGGUGUUGUGACUGAUCAAUACCUAAACUCACCAAACACAGAUAAAUUUGUGAAUUAUCUCACUGCGUGAAUGGAGGGGGGUGAUGUUAGGCACAGAUAUCCUGCUGUAUUUACCGACAUCAAAUAUUUAGGUUUCACCCACAAAAUAUACAGUCAAUUCACUGAACAGUAUAUUUUGUGAAGUGCUUUGAGAUGUCUCGAAGAUGUGAUAAGACGUCAUGUCAAAUGCAAGGAUUAUUAUAACAGUCACCGCACUUCAAAGUAACUGACUGCGUGCGGGGCAUUCAGAAGGUAAUAAAAUACUGUAUGCAAAAAGCCUGCCUCCCAUACAAGGACCAGAAUAGAGGGGUCUGGCCCCAGGGCAAACAAUGACGCCACAAACACUAGGAGCAUUUGGUACCAUUUCAACUGUGGAUUUUAUGACAGAGUUAAUAUGAUGGAAGGUUGCCAUGGAUAGGCUGCACCAACAAGCCGGAGGUAAAAAGUGCUGUAUAAAUGUAAUUUGUAAGGAAUCAAAGGGGAACUGGGUGUGAUUAUUGAUCUUUCACUAAAGGCUUUCAGUCAGUGUAACAUUGUCGUCAAUGGAGCUGAUCAAACACUUGGUGCAUUUUGAAAACAUGUGAUGAGAAGUCAAAAUAAAUGAUGUUUAAUCUUGUUCCAAUCAUAGGCGAGAGCCUGUUCAAAUGGCAUUCAAGAUCCUAUAGCACUAACAUUCAAAACGAGAAGCGAGUUUCUCCUAAUGUCUGGGAUGAAUAGUUGAUUGACAGCAGACUGGAGGAUAAUAAUAAUAAUUAGAUGUCUCAAAGCGCUUCACA